CCGUCAAUGUCACUUCACUCAUUUUAGCUUGUGUGCUGUGUUUAUAGUUUUUGCUAUUGCCGAAUCCUUCUCUUUCUAUGCUAUUAUAGCAGAUUUAUUUUAGGUUAUAAUCUUAUUGGGUAUUUUAUGAUAUGCAUAGAUCGAAAUAAUUUUAUAAACAAAUAAAAAUACGUUAAAUCUGUGGAAACAAAUCAUAAAAUGGCAUUGAAUAAGUAUAUGCACCCUCGUAACAUUUACAAAACUCCUCCUGAUUUUGGGAAGUUAUCAAUACUUUACCCAGAAUUUGCAGCUAUAUCAAAAUCGGAUGUAACUGGUAAAAUAGGAAUAGACUUCAAAGAUCCACAUGCAUUGAGAGUCCUUACUAAAUGCCUUCUCAAAUCAGAUUUUAAUCUUGAAGUGGAUAUUCCUGCUGACAGAUUAGUUCCAACAUUACCUUUAAGACUAAAUUAUAUUUUAUGGAUUGAAGAUUUAAUGGAAGCUAUACAAAGAAAGGAGAAUAUCAGAGGGUUGGAUAUUGGAACUGGAGCAUGUGCCAUUUACCCUCUGUUAGCUGCUGUCAAAAAUAAAUGGAACUUUGUUGGAACGGAAAGUGACACAGAAAGUUUUACCAAAGCUGAAGAAAAUGUUCAAAAAAAUAGUUUACAAGAAUUUAUAAAAUUAACAAAAAACUCUACUAAAUCUAUUAUUUCUCAUCUAUUUACAAAUGAUGAUAAGGAACAGUUUGAUUUCUGCAUGUGCAAUCCACCAUUCUACAGUAAUUUGCAAGAAUUGUGUGAAUCACGAAGCCCAGCAAGACUGCCUCCAAAGAACGGGUUUACAGGAUCUCCCCAAGAGUUAAUCACAGAAGGAGGAGAGCUAGAAUUUUGUAGACAGAUCAUUAGAGAGAGUAAACAAUACAGGGAUAAAAUACUAAUAUUUACUACAAUGGUGGGUCACAAAUACAAUUUAAGUGUAUUAUUAGAAGACUUAAAGUCUGAAGGAAUUACACAUACUCAUACUGAGUUCUGUCAAGGUCGGGUGACUAGAUGGGGACUAGCUUGGACAUAUCAACAGUAUGAUUUAUAUGAAUUAGUACCUCCAAGAGGAAAAGCAAGGAAGAAACAUAAACCAACAAUUUUCUUAUUGCCUGAAUUAACCAGUUGUGAAGGUAGUGUUGAAACAGCCCUAAAUAAAAUGAAAGGGAUGCUUGACAUUUUAUGUAUUCAACAUAAAAUACUUGAUAAGAGAGGAAGCAAUAUCACAUUAGAUAUUGUAGCCAAAAGUAACACUUGGUCCAACCAAAGACGAAAAAGAAGACUCCAAAAUAGAACGGAAAGUGAUGCUAAAGUGCCUAAAUUACAUACACAGCAAGAUAUGGUGUUACCAAAUCCAAUUAACAAUCAAAUAGAUGGUGAAUCAGAACUUGAAGCUUCAGACACAUCAUUCAAUAUUGAUGAUAAUAUCACCAAUCAAAGUGAAAUAAAUGAAAGCAAACAAGAUACAAGUUCAGUCAAUUCCACAAAUAAAGAUGAGCCCCUAGUACAUGCCUUUUUAAAAUUAGUGAAGAAAGACAAUAUCCUCCUGGAGUUAGAGUUUCUUGAUGGCUGUGCUGGAAAGGAAGGCUUACAUCAAAUAGCACAAUAUAUUAAAAACAAUUGGAAAUAAAA